AUGACUGUAUACACCCCCCUCGUCCAAGAUUUCAAGGAGUAUGUCUUUCGUGACUACAGAAGAAAAGAGCAGUUCGACCUGGCCAUCAAGUAUGCCAUCGAGCCCAGCCGCGGAGGCUCCGACGAGAUGAAAGCCGAGAAAAUUGAAACACUGGAAGAUUUUUUCCGCUACUGCAACGAUCUCCUCCAUUGGGUGCCGCGAGUCAGCACCACCGGUGAUGAACUCCUUCGCAAGCUCCUCGUCUUCUACUGGGUCUUCAAUCAGAGGAACCUCGCCAACUACCAGACCAGCAUCAACCCCGCCAGUAUUGCUGAUGACCCGAAGUGGCUGUCCUACUGGCUGGUCAUCUACGCUCGUGAAAUCGGACGUUUCUUGGAUACCAAGGAGUCUACCGCGGGGAUUGAGACAUUCUACAAAAACAGCAAAUACAACCAAGAGGCGGCCAAGUGGCAGGAUGUGCCCGAAGGUGGAUGGGCCUCGUUCAACCAGUUCUUCGCCCGCCACUGGAAGAACAUCGACGACGCUCGACCUUUGAAGGAAGAAGAUAAACCCGACAAUGUGAUUGUCAGCGGAGCUGACUCCAGGUUUGGCGGCCACUGGAAUGUCGAAGAUGGAUACGUCACCCUCAAGGAUUUUAGAUGGCCCGUUGCCAAACUCCUGCAUGAUGCGGUGGGGGCUUUCAAGAAUGGAUCCUUCAUGCACGCCUUUCUCAGUCCCAGCGACUAUCACCGCCAGCAUGCCCCGGUCAGUGGCGAGGUUAUCGAGGCGAGGGUCAUCCAAGAACAGGUCUAUCUGCAAGUCACCAAGAACUCCGAGAGCAACGUGGUUGGUCUAGCGCCCGAUCGCGGUCUUUUGGUGUCCAAGCCAGCAGCUUCUCUUUCAAAGGAAUUAUGGUCUCUUAAUGCUCCCGAUGAGCCCGGUUACCAAUGGUGUCAGACUCGGGGACUAAUCGUGAUUCAGACCGAGAAAUAUGGCAAGGUGGCUGUGUUGCCGAUUGGGAUGGCCCAGGUGUCUUCUGUUGUCUUGUCGGUCCAGAAGGGCCAGAAGAUCAACAAGGGAGAUGAGAUCUCAUACUUCCAGUUUGGUGGAUCGGAUAUUGUUCUCGUUUUUGAGAAGGAAGUGGAUUAUGCUGUUGAGUCUAAGCACAAGUGCAACAUCAGGACUCGCAUUGCCACUUUCAAGUAG